AUGCGAAUUAGACUCCACUUUUGCACGCACUUCGUCCUCGACGACGCCCGCGACGCCGCGCGUCCCUGCGCGCGUAGGCGGGGGUCGGCGGCGCUCACGGACUGCGAACGAUCCUCGACAGACUCCGGCGCCGACGGGCGAGGGGAAGCUGCGCCUGCGCCCCCAAGCGCCAGGCCCUCGCAGAGAGACUCGAGUCCGCAGAGAAUGGGCGCCCUCCUGCUCUCGUCCUUCGCGAGCUGCCCUCCCCCGCCUGCCUGCUCGUGCACUCUCUCUCGCGUCGGCUCGACGCGGCCUCCUCUGCCUCCUCUCUCACCUCUCGCUCCUCCGUUUUCGCUGGAGGCGAGCGCGUGCCUGGGGGGCUCGCCGGCUUUCUCGCUCUUCGACGACAGCUGGAUGUUUCUCGACGUGCUUUGCGUGAAGACGAUUGCGCAUUUGAAGGCCGCGGUGCUCAACGACUUGGCUCACGCGCGACUCGCCCCGCGCGCGAUCGGCGUGGAGAGACCGACACCCAGCGUCUUGAGCAGCCUCGCGCGGGGGCCUGCCGCCCUCGUGCUGCGCCUAGAGAACGCCGUGUUGCCUGAGAGCCAGCCGAUUCAAGUUCUCGAGAAGGGCGACGUCGUGACGGUGUGUAUGUAUUCCGCACUCCCCGCGACGCAGCUCGCCGCGCUCGCCGGACCUCGCGGCGCGCGCGAGGGCGCCGGCUUCAGCAGGACCCUCGCAGAGGUACACGACGCAGGUGCCGAGCGCCCCGUUCUUUCGGCGGAGAAGAAGAAGCGCGGACGCUCGCCGCCGCGUCUCAUCUCCGAGCACGAAACCUUUUGCUCGCGGGCAUCUACAUCCGCCGACCGGAGUCGCGAGACUAAGCGAGGAAAAAGAGCGACGAGCGCGGGAAAAACACACGCGAGGGCGGGCGGCCUCGCGUCUCAGGCCGCAAGGCGGUGCCGCGAGACGCCGACGACCAAUUCCAGCAGCGACAGCAACUCCGAGGGAGAAAGCGACGCCGGCGACAAAGAGGACUCGCUCCAGUCCCGCGCCGCGCAAGUCGCGAGAAAGAAGCCUCUGCCUGCGGCCUCCGCGGCAAAAACCGCCGGCGCGUCUCGCCUCGGCGCGGCGGCGGCCUGCGGUGCCCUGACUGGAGCGCCGCAGAAGAAACCGAUUGUCGCGUACACCAGCAGCGACGACAGCAGCAGCGACGACAGCAGCAGCGAUGACAGCAGCAGCGACGACAGCAGCCGCGAUGAAAGCAGCCGCGAUGAAAGCAGCCGCAAUGAAAGCAGCCGCAAUGAAAGCAGCCGCGGCGCAGGCAAACCGAGUGCCUCCUUCUCCGCCUCUUCUGUGGCGCCCGCGAGCCGCCAGAAGGCAGGCGCGGUCGCCGGCACGGCGCGUGCCUCAGGCGCGUCGAAGUCCGCAUCCCAGUUGUCUCGCGAGAGCGAUUGGAGCAGCGACGACUCGGAGACAGAGAGCAGCGACGAGGAUCGACCUGCUGCGAAAAGCCGCAGCGCGUGCGAGGGGAGAGUCGGGCGAAUGCCGGCGGUGCUGCAGCGCGCCAUGGGCCUUGCGCCGACCGCAGGCGGCCUCCCCCCCCCAGCUCCCCCCGUGCGCCGGCUCCCGCUCAACCGCGCGCCGCAGCCAGGCCAUCCGCCCGUGCAGCGGAGUCAUCCAGUGCGUCGGGGAAGAGUCAAGACCCGGGCGCUCCAGCCGUGGCUGCGCCUGCGCUUUCUCACCCUCGAGGGCUUCACGCCGAGUGUGAGCGCAGAGCGCCUCGUCCGCGUUGAGGAGACGGAUCUCUCCACGAAGCGGCUGCGCCUCUGGGAGCACCGGGGGCCUCCCCACGACACCAACAACAAGCCCUCGAAACUCGCGACCGGCGGCAGGCGAGGCGGCGGCGGAGGCUCGUGGCGGGACUGGGAGAGCCUAACGGGCAUCCGCAUCCUGAAAGAGGAACUCCGAGACGCGGCGCCCGCGCAGACAAAUGGAGCCUACCAAGCCAGCGCCGCCCCCGCGAGUGGAACGGGCGCCGCGCUCAAGUAUCAGCCGCGGCGCCUUCUCGCGCUGCAGAAGCAGAGCGACGAGGCUCUUGCGGACGUCGGACUCGCUGCCCGCGAGGCCGCCGCAGAGAACGGCAGCGCGACUUGCGCGACCGAAGCGACUCGCGCGGCGCAAGCCGACGGAGCGGCAGCAGAGAGGCGUUCGCAGUCGGCUCCAUCUCCAGCUGACAAGACAGCGGCGGCAUCUCCGCCGCGGCGUGCGGCGGAGGGGGAGGGGGAGACGCGCUGGGAGAGCUUCCUGCUCGCGAAGAUGGAGGUCUUUGUGAGCGAGGACGGCUCGGAGCUUCUCGUGCGGCAUCCCGCGGCAGCCGGCGCCUUCUUUUUGCCUCUGCCGCGCGACCUGCUGGAGGUCUGCAAGCGUAAGCAGAAGCCGCGGUCGCCGAGCGCCGCCGCGACGGCAGGCAGCCCCGCAGGCCUCAACGGCGGCGCGGACGUCCUCGUGCAGCUCGUCUCCCCGCGCGCGGAGGGAGCAGAAUACGCGCAGGCGGAGAGCAACGGCGCCGAGGGCACUUCGAAGGACGAGGGCCUUGUCGUGGAUCUGGCGGCCGUGGACGUCUGCGUGCAGAACUGCGCGCUGCGGAUCCUGAAGGAGAAGCUGACGCAGAGCCGCAACGCGCUGCGGAGGCAAUUCGACUUUUACUUUUCGCCCGCCAACUGGGAGAAGGACGCGCAUCUGCGGUCAGUCGCAGUGCCGCUGCCCGCCGCACUCGCGCGCAAGGUGAUGCUGCGCCGGCAGGAAAACAAAAAAACCGACGAGAAGGCCGCGCAGACUGCCGGCGAGGCUGCGGGUGACGGUGGCAGCGAGAAGGCGAAGAAGGCGAGCGCCUCCGCCUCGUCGACGUCGGGCGAUGCGGCGGCGCCGGUCUCCGGCGUGCCUCUGCGCGACGUCGCGGCGUUUCCGCGUGUUUUCGCGCUGACGCGCGACCUCGACUUCAUAGCCGAGAGUCUUCUGUGCCGCGGCGGGUUGCAAUUCGUGUCUGCCGAGCAAGACGACGCGGGCGAAUGGUUCCUUGUCCGCACACAGAAAGCCGAAGAGAAAGACCGAGUCGUCGCCGCAGCGGCUCAAGCUGAAGCAGGCAAAGAGGAAGGAACCGCCGACAGCGCGGGCGCUAGAAAAACGAAGUCCGAGCGAAGAACGCGGAGCGGGAGGCGAUGGGCUGCAGCCAUGGGCGUCGUCGGGCGCCCCUGA